AUGACGACAAACACCUCCCCUCACAUACCCUACCUAAAUAAAUGCCUCUCCCUAGCGGAACAAUCACCCCCAAGACCCACCAACUACCGAGUCGGCGCAGUCCUGUUAUCCCGCAAAGACAACGACCCCACCUUCACUGACGACCGGAUCCUCUCAACGGGGUACACAAUGGAGCUCGCGGGCAACACACACGCCGAGCAAUGCUGCUUAGCCAAUUACGCCGCAGUGCACAAAGUCCCCGAUGACCAAGUUGGCGAAGUCCUCCCCGUUGAGCCCGGCCGCAAGCUCGUCAUGUACGUGACGAUGGAGCCGUGCGGGAAGAGGCUGUCUGGGAAUGCGCCGUGUGUGCAGCGCAUCACGCAGACGGCGGAGGGCGGGCGAGAGGGUAUCCAUAAGGUUUAUUUUGGGGUUAAGGAGCCUGGCACGUUUGUUGGCGAGUCUGAGGGGUGUCGGAUGCUGACUCAGGCGGGCAUUGAGUGGGAACAUGUUGGUGGGUUGGAGAAGGAGAUUUUGACUGUUGCUUUUGCGGGGCAUGAGAAUGCGCAGGGGGAGAUUAGGGCUGCAUUGGGGCAGAAGGAGACUAAUGUUGAUGAUGUUAGUCCUGAGGAGAGGAGGAGGCAGGAGGCAUUGCCGAGGAAUCCGAUGAAGAGGAUGAUGGAGGGAGAUAGGCAUAUCUAUCUAUAG